AUUUCCCGACAAAAGUCUCUUCCCUAUUUUUUAUCUGCUCUGUCUCCAUUAGUACACAAACCGAUCCAGAAACCGGAAAGGUUAGAUUUUUUUCCAAGCGAUCGUGAUUGAGUAUGCAUAGAUCUGGUACUACAAUGGCGUGGAACGUCUUCAAAUUCUGUACAGCUCUACGAGGACUCGGAUCGAUCAUGAUCCUUCUGGUCCUAGGUGUUGUUGGUGUAACCUAUUACGCCGUCGUGUGGACCAAUUACGGACCAGCACUAUCAGAUGGAGGGCUCGGUUCUCUUGCUGCUCUUGCUAUUAUAAUCCUUUUCCAUUUUUUGUUGGCAAUGCUUUUGUGGAGCUAUUUCUCUGUUGUGUUUACUGAUCCUGGUGUUGUGCCUCCUAAUUGGAGGUUAGCUUCAGACGAGGAACAACGAGGCGAGUCUGAUCCGUUAAACAGUUUGGAGUUUUGCGUGUUACAGCCUGAUUCUUCCAACCAAAGAACUCGGUUUUGUAGAAAAUGCAAUCAACCUAAACCUCCUCGCUGCCAUCAUUGCUCUGUUUGUGGCCGAUGUGUGUUGAAAAUGGACCACCAUUGUGUUUGGGUUGUGAGCUGUGUCGGGGCGCUUAAUUAUAAGUAUUUUCUUCUUUUCUUGCUUUACACCUUUUUGGAAACAACUCUUGUGACUCUACUUCUCAUGCCGCACUUUAUAGCUUUCUUUAGCGAUGAAGAGAUACCUGGAACCCCAGGCACCCUUGCUACUACUUUUCUUGCAUUUGUAUUAAACCUGGCAUUUGCUUUAAGCGUUAUGGGUUUCUUAAUCAUGCACAUUUCGUUGGUUGCUGCCAAUACCACAACUAUAGAGGCAUAUGAGAAGAAAACAAGUCCAAAAUGGCCAUAUGACCUUGGUCGAAAGAAAAACUUUGAACAAGUAUUUGGGAUGGAUAAAAGAUACUGGUUGAUUCCAGCAUACUCAGAAGAAGAUUUAAGACGAAUGCCGGAACUUCAAGGACUCGAAUACCCUUCCAAACCGGACUUCGAUUCUCAGGAUUUCUGAAGAAAGGUGCCUUCUUUACUGUAACAAUACCUUAGAGAUGACAGAGACAGAGAUAAACACCAGGAAAUGACUUUGGAGGAGUAAAAUCUACUCUAACUU